AUGAUAAUGAAGAUGGACGACUUGACUGAAUACACAACCCUGCAAUACCUUGAGAAACACAAACCCGCUAUUCCUGCACCAAGACCACUCGGUCUUGCACGCCUUGGUGACUGCUUCCUCGUCUUUAUGACUCUCAUGCCUGGCACGACACUCGAAGCAGUCUGGCCAAAAUUAGAUGACUCCCUUAAGCGCUCAGUCCAAGCGCAGCUGAACGAUAUAUUCAUCGAGGUGCGGUCUUUGACCCGUCCCGACGAUAUGCCACUUGGAGGUGUGGCAGGAGAAGGUUGCCAAGAUGCGAGGAGAAAUGUUCGCCGCACAACCGACCCUAUUUGGACUACGGAAGAUUUCGACGACUGGCAAUUCUCCAACCCCCAUUAUGGAAGUCCAAUUUACAUCAAAUUCCUCCGAAGUCUUUGCCCGCCCCUAUCACAGAAGCAUGUUCUCAGCCACAAUGAUCUUCGGCCUGCAAAUAUUAUAGUAAAGCUUGAAGAAGGGCAGUGUCGCGUGACCGGCAUCAUUGACUGGGAAUACGCCGGCUUCUAUCCAGAGUACUACGAGUCUACCAAGGUGACGAAUUGUCUGGCCACGAACGAGGAUAGUGAUUGGUACUUGUUCAUUCCUGAAUGCGUCUCUCCGCUUCGGAACGCGCAGAAAUGGUUGCUAGACGCUCGCUGGUAUAGUCAUAUAGCGUAG